AUGUCCCAGAGCACGCGCCUUCGCGGACACGCUGCAAAGUACCAUGGCCUGGCUCACAAGUCCGUGGUUAUAGCGACAUACUCUGCCAAAGCCGAGGAGUUCGACAGGGCAGACAUGUGCAGGCACGCGGCCCACGUGGCAUCCUGGAUCGCCUACGGCCCAGAGGGCCGGAUUCCCAAGAAAGCGGAGCUUCAGCUCUUGGAGAAGUUUCUCGGGAGAUUGGGAGGCGGGCGGCUGCCUUCGCGCUUGAGGGAGGUGCUUCCGGACGCGCAGGAGGCGCUUCGGGCCCUCCCACCGGGCGGUUUGACUGAGGCUUGGCAGGAGGCAGCGCAGCAGCUGCGAAGAUCUCUCCAGAAGUUGCGCUGCUGCCGCCAGCCGGAGGACAAAGCCGAAGCGGGCCGAGCUCUGGUGGCUGUGCCAGAGCAUGGCCUGGCGGAUGCAGCUCUGGAGAACGAGGAGGCAAACCCCCAGAUGGUGGUGGCUCAUACUGCGGAGCAACACCUGCAGCUCGUCAGCAUGAUGAAUCACUGGGGAUUCCUGGAUGACUCCCAGAGGCUUCAGCGGCUUCAGCAAGUGGAGGCGGUGGCCAGGAGAGCGCCCGAGAGUCGCAGCCAGGAAGAGCUCGCUGAGGCCAUCAGCAUGGCGGCCGCAGCGCUCUGCGCCCCGCGAAGAGCUGCGGCAGAAGCUGAAACCGGAGGAGCACACGAUCCUCGAGGUCCAAGCGACAGUUCGCCAGUGGAUAUGCAGAAACGAGUGCGGUCGGUUCUGCUUGAAGCAUUGCAUGCAUGGCAGGUAAGCCAAUAUGACUGUCAUGCCAUUGAACACGUGCUGGAGUACAUUCACGAAAAGAUCAACAAGUUUGAGGAGAGCGCAGGUGAAAUUCGAGGUGCUGCUGCUGGCAAGGUUUGGUGGACCAUCAAGCAUGUGGUCGACGACCUGCUAAGCGCAGGAAGCGGGCCGGGGCACUUGGAAAUUCAGGAUGCUGAGUCGGUGGCUCCACUUGAAAAGAGUGCCCGCUUAGUCAAAAGACGCCUGGAACGCCAGAGUGGCAUCCAAGGUCUUUCAUGGGAUGCAAGCCUCCAGCGGUGGUCCCUCUACACCUGGGAAGACGGCAAGCGGAAGUGGUUCCGUUUCUCCAUUGAGGCGGCCGUAGAGGCAGCACUGCAGGAGGCCAAGGCCAAGCGUGAGGAGUUGGUGCGUCAGGGAAUGCUACAGCCGCCAAAGCUCAGAACAGCUCCACCCGCCUCCCUGGUGAGGGGCGUUUCGUAUCGCAAGGACACUCAGAAGUGGCAGGUGUGUUUCCGUCAUAACGCCGCAAAGAAGUGGUAUUAUGGUGGCACCUUCCAAGCACAGGAGCAGGCCGAGGCCAAAGCCAGAGAGAUGGCCAUGAAGUUGGGCAUCCCGGCUGACGUGGAAGUGGCUGUGGUUGCCGCAACCUGGCGACCGGAGUGGCUUUGGCAGCAUAGCUGA